AGGCUGACGCCGCUCGUUGCGGAGCAGCUCUGGUGUGGUUUAAGAAUGAUCUCCGUGCUGACGACCACCCGGGUCUUUUGGCUGCUGCGGCCAAGCACAAGACUGUCGUCCCGCUUUACGUCUUCGAUUGCCGGACCAUGUCGAGUUUGCCUCUUAACUCUGUUUCCCUCCCUCAUAGGCGCACUUAGGAAUUUCUGGAACAUACAUUUUGUAGAAUGCGAUUUCGCUGAUGAGAAGUCGGAAGGAGGUUUCAGAAGGAAAUUAAGGGAAUGAUUUAGAUUUGAAGAAUUAAUUUUUUACCUUAGAAAUUGUAUUUUUUUCUCUCUACCAGAUAUCUAAUAAUCUGUUAACAUCGAAGGAACACUAUUUUUUGACAAAACGUUAUUCUGCUGCAAAGGAAGUACACUUCGGGUAAAUGACUGCUUCCGUAAUAUUAAAGCCAGUAACUUUGUUCCAAAAAUGUUUGCCAAUACUUGUAAGCAACAAACAUGGACGCACAAUUUGAGCAUGGCACGAUGAACUUUGUUGAUCCUGAAGAUAAUCAUGGGCCUUUCUGAUGAGAUGCUGGAACUUCUUUUUUCCUCUGUGAAAGAUCUGAAAGAAAUGCUCACGAAUCAAGGAUCUGAUUUACUUCUUGGCUUUGGGAGCACUGAGGAUUUUAUUCUGGAAGUUGCAAAUAAGGUGAAACCCACUCAUAUAUAUGCAGAAGAGGAGUCUGAAUAUGAUCUUCGCAAGCUGACCACUGCUGUUCAAUCAUCUCUAAGUGCAGUACCUUUAUCAUGGGGAAGCCCUGAAUUUGUUUUUUGGAGGACUCCUUUUUAUGAUCUUAAGAAUUUGAAAGAACUACCAGCAUCAUAUGACGACUUUACCAAACUGAAGUUGUCAGUAUCUCGUCCAUUGCCAGCUCCAGCUAUGCCCAUAUUGAGAACGGAGUUGAAACUUGGUACAAUCCCCUCUUUCAAUGAUGUGAAGAAGUAUCUGUAUGAUUCAACUGCUCGCUCAGAUAAGAUCUGGAUUUCUUGGAAAAAUGUAUCAGCUCAGUCCACAUUCAAAAAGAGUAAAAAUCAAGUUGUUGCAGGAACUGAUCCUACCAAAAACCAUGAAAGUCAUGAUAGAAAAAGUGAACUGACCUCAACAAAUUUAAACAGUGAAUUAGGAGUGAAAAAUUCAAGUUCUAUGUUUACAACAAAAGGGAGCCAUGUGAAAGGUGGAACAAGUGUUGCCUUAAAUGCUCUAGCUGCUUAUCUAAGAUAUCUUGAGGGAACAGCAAGAGAUGAUUGGCAACAGUUGCAUGACAAGUUGCGGAACACUGAAAGUAGGAAGGGAGCCUCAUUUAGGGCCCUAUUUGGCUCUGCCCUUUAUUUAGGGAUUAUAUCUCGGAGGAGAGUAUACUAUGAAGCUAUAAAGUAUGAGAAAGAACGGAAUGCAGGUUUUCUCUCGCCAUUUGGAUAUUCAGCACCUACAGUUGCAGCAGCAAUUGAUGCUGUUUGCUCCAUGGAGUGGUAUUCACUUCUGGCUUUGAAAAGCCAAAUGUGCAAUGAGGAAAUAUACACCUCAAGGAUUUGGAGAUGGAGAAGUUAUUUUAUUCAGUACACAGCAGCAGGCAAUGAAGGCCCUGCAGUUCUUCUUGUUCAUGGUUUUGGGGCUUUCUUGGAGCAUUUCCGAGGCAAUAUUGACAACAUUGCUGAUGGUGGAUUUCGAGUUUGGGCUGUGACUCUUUUAGGUUUUGGGAAGUCAGAAAAACCAAAUAUUAUAUAUACUGAGUUAUUCUGGGCAGAAUUACUGAGAGAUUUUGUUGUUGAUGUUGUAAGAGAACCUGUUCAUCUUGUUGGCAACUCCUUAGGUGGUUAUUUUGCUGCUAUAGUUGCAGGUCUAUGGCCUUCUUUAGUAAAGUCUGUUGUUCUUAUAAACACAGCUGGCUUUAUUGUUCCCUCUUAUUCUUCAUCUCCAGUAGUCAAUGAAGGGAGAAUAUCUGCACUUGCAUGGUUGCAGGCACAAGUGCUGUUGUUAUAUCUAAGGUCAAGAGCUGGCCAGAUAAUUCAGAAGUUCUAUCCAACUAAGGUCGAACGGGCAGACAGUUGGCUAAUUGGUGAAAUUCUCAGGGCUUCAUUUGAUCCUGGUGUAGCUUUUGUUCUGGAAAGUGUCGUCAACUUCAACCUGUCCAUUCCACUCAAUUACCUACUCAACUCUUUUGGGGGAGAGGUAUUGGUCAUACAAGGGAUGAAAGACCCACUGACCAAAUCUGAAGCAUUCUUGUCUAUGAUCAGAUCACAUUGCAGCAAUGCUACAGUCAGUGAAUUGGAUGCAGGUCAUUGCCCCCAUGAUGAGGUACCAGAAAAAGUGAAUCCAAUUUUGAGAGAAUGGAUAAAAAGAGCCGAAAAAUGUGUACGUAGCUUUGAAAGAACUUAGUCCGGUACAAGCUCCCGUCAAUACGGGUCCUAGUAGUUGAGGUGUUGUUCUGAACAACCAAAAAUCUUAUUUAAUCGAUGAGAAGCAUCAUGCGUAGAAUCGAAGUGCUAUUCCAUUGAUGACAAAGACAAUGCUUUCAAUAUAACCCUAUGUACGUUGGGUAGAAUGUUAUUGUCAAAAGGAACACAAUAUUAGAAUUCAGUUCAUGACAUAUGCUACAAUGUAAAUUAUUACAGAAGUAUUUAUUACGAUUUUCAGACU